AGCUCUAGAGUAAAACCAGGGUCAGUUCUUGGUCCGGGUCUAGAGUUCUCAGCAGGGACCAGGUCUGGAGGGCGGGGUCCCGGACUCGGCUCCGGUCCCUCCUCCACCUGUCUGAGUCCCUGUAGGCCCCGCCCCUCCAGCUCCCGGUCCGUGUGGAGAUAUAAAGUCCGGUCCGGGAUGCGGACUCUGAGCUCCGGAGACACGAUGCUGCUCCUCGGUCUGAUGCUGCUGCUGCUUCCGGCCGCCGCCCCCACCGACCAGUCCGGUACCGGCUCUCCGGGGCUCGGUUCGUCCCCGCCGGUCCUGCUCCACCCGCAGCCCGGCCCGGAGGAGUUCGGGGCUCCCGGCGUGGCCUCGGCUCGGUCCGCGGCGGAGGGUCCCGGGGAGGAUGGAGCGGAGCAUCAUCACCACGGCGGCGGGUUCCGGGUGGUCCAGUGGGAGUGGACCUACGUGCAGACCCCCUACAUCAUCGCCAUCUGGCUGCUGGUGGCCAGCGUGGCCAAGAUCCUGUUCCACUUCUCGCAGCGCUUCACCACCGUGGUCCCUGAAAGCUGCAUGCUGAUCCUGUUGGGUCUGGUUCUGGGCGGGAUCGUCCUCAUCGCCAAUAAGAAGCAGCUGUACCAACUGGACCCUGCGCUCUUCUUCCUCUUCCUGCUGCCGACCAUAGUGGGUGACGCCGGGUACUUCAUGCCAGCCCGGCUCUUCUUCGACAACCUGGGGGCCAUCCUGACGUACGCCGUGGUUGGUACCCUGUGGAACGCCUUCUGCACCGGGUUCUGUCUGUACGCCGCCAAACUGAUGGGCGUCAUAGGUUUUAUACAAAGUCUACAUUUCCUUUGUGGAGGUGGGAGGAGCCAAUGUUCUCACGGCAGAUUACUUCAAAGGAGUGGCCUCCUUCCUCAUCGUUAGCAUCGGGGGGACGUUGGUGGGUCUGGUCUUUGCCGUCGUCCUCGGCUUCGUCACUCGCUUCACCAAGAAGGUUCGCAUCAUCGAGCCGCUCUUUGUCUUCCUGCUGGUCUACCUGGCCUACCUGACGGCAGAGCUCUUCUCACUGUCGGCCAUUCUGUCGAUGACCUUCUGUGGCAUCGGAGCCAAUAAAUACGUGGAGGCCAACAUCUCCCAGAAAUCCCGGACCACCAUCAAGUACACCAUGAAGAAUCUGGCCAGCAUCGCCGAGACCAUCAUCUUCAUCUUUUUAGGGAUUUCAGCCGUGGACAAGUCCAAAUGGGCCUGGGACACGGGGCUGGUGUCCUGCACGCUGGUUUUCAUCUUUGUUUUCAGAGCCAUGGGUGUGGUCGGUCAGACCUGGGUGCUGAAUCGCUUCCGUCUCGUUCCGCUGGACAAGAUCGACCAGGUGGUGAUGUCGUACGGCGGGCUGCGAGGGGCGGUGGCCUUCGCUCUGGUGGUGCUGCUGGAUGGCGAGCAGGUCAAAGCCAAGGAUUACUUUGUGGCAACGACUAUCGUGGUCGUCUUCUUCACCGUCAUGUUCCAGGGUCUGACUAUCAAACCGCUGGUGAAGUGGCUCAAAGUUCCUCGAGCCACCAACAGGAAGCCCACCAUAAACGAGGAGAUCCAUGAAAGGGCAUUCGACCACAUCUUGACUGCAGUGGAGGACAUUGCAGGACUACAAGGGUAUCACCACUGGAGAGACAAGUGGGAGCAGUUCGACAGGAACUACCUGAGCAAGCUACUCCUGAGGAAGUCCGUGUACAGGAAGAGCGAACUGUGGGAGGCCUACCAGAAGAUCAACAUCAGAGACGCCAUCAGCGUCAUUGACCAGUUCCAGCAGCUCUGGAUGUCUGUCAGAGACCGUCAGUGGUCCCGCUCUCGCCCCCCACUGAAAACAGUCACCUCCCCUGGAAGGGCGGUGUGGGCUCUCCUCCCCCCUGCGUGUCUGUGGAGGCCACAAAGAUCAUCCCCGUGGACCUGCAGCAGGCCUGGAACCAGAGCAUCUCCUCCCUGGAGAGCGUUUCUUCACCGCCCGCCCCCGCCGAGCCCGUCCACCCACGGGUCAGCGCCCUCUCCAGGCUGGGAGGACCCCGCCCCGCGUCCUACACCGGCCCCGUCGACGCUCUGACGUCUCCGAGCUCCUUCUGUUUCCCAGAGAGGAUGAAGAAGAAGAAGAAGCAGGAGGAAGAGGAGGAGGAGGAGGAGCCGGGGGCUUCGCAGGAACUGCAGCCUCUCAUGUUACCAGUGAGGCCCCCAGUGCUGCCACCUCCUCCCUCACCUCCUCUCCCACCGCCUGCUACAGGGAGGAGGAGGAACCCCUGCGUGUACCUGAGGAGCCUGGUGACAGCGCCCCCACCUGGCAGCGGUGAGCUGCACAGCCGCCGCCCCACCCAGCUGUGAGUGGGGCUACAGCGCGUGGGUGGGGUCGACCAGCAGGACAUCAGCUCGCCAUCUGUUUGCUCUUACCUCCGCCCUGUUCUGGGAUCAGUCAGACCAACCAGGACCUCACAAACAUCACCUGAUCCAGCUGCCAGAAUCCUACAUCACCUGCUGAUACAGGUUAAACAUACAGGAAGUACACGUGACACGUUCAGGCCAAGACAUCAGCAUCAGAGAUAGACAGAGCAUCAUGUGGCAUUAUGAUGACAGGACCAUCAUCAUCUUCAAGUCAGAGAGAGUCAAUACUUACUGACUUCCUGUUUGGUUCAAUCAGAUUUCCUGUUUGGUUCAAUCAGACUUCCUGUUUGGUUCAAUCAGAUUUCCUGUUUGUUUCUAUCUGACUUCCUGUUAGUUUCAAUCUGACUUCCUGUUUGUUUCUAUCUGAC